UCCACUGCAGCCACCAUCACCUUAUCUCCUGUACUCCACAACUUAAUUUUCUACAUAAUCUUCCUACCUCUGUUUCUUCCUUCUCCGGCCUCCCAAUUCUCCACAGGUCCUCUUCCUCUCUUACCUACGUUCGUGAUACUGCAGAGUUGAGCGUCAUGAACCAGUCCAUCAGUGCAAGCAGGCACCCUGCAUGCCCGAUGGCUCUGCCUGCGCAUGGUGCCUCCUCCCUAAAGACAUACCAAGUGAGUUCUAGAUGCGACGACAGAGAAGAUACCAGCACCUGCAACCUUCAGUCUCGGCCUGUCAAAGUUGGCAACAUAUCGAUUUGCUCGGGGGUAAGCUUCUCGCUCUUCCCGCCUAGUUUCAUGCCUGAUUUCAAGAAGAAUGACAAGCUGAUCGCCGAGAUAGAAGAGGUCGCUGGCCUGAACUCCUUCAUCAGGCCGCCGGUAGAUGAUCUCGUGGUCUGCGUAUCUUCUGCCGUGAAGCUGGACGGUCGGCAGAUCGAUCUGAUCGCCAGAAAGAUGCGAAGGCUGACAGGGUUCAGAAAGUUGAGGCUGGAAAACGCUGUGGAUCCGUCGCUGAUCGCUGGGUUCGUCAUCAGUUAUUGCGACGAUGGAUCGCAGGUCAUCGACCUCAGUGUGAAAGGCAAGUUGGAUGCGCUGGCAGCCAGGCUUGAAUCGUCAGACAAGAAGAGCACUGGCAGCAUAGUUGGAGAUUUCCUCGCAUGCGGCAUGAAGUCAUGAACUAAGUACAGCAUAUAUAUAUAUAUAUAUAUAUAUAUAUAUAUAUAUACAUGUAAAUACUAGCUAGCUAGCUAGAACUGAUCAGGAACAGUCUUGGUAAAUUAAAUUUUUGAUAGAUAUAUAUAUUGCCAGAGUUCAAUUUGUACGCAGGCAGAAUCUUAUAUAGUAUUCCAUGUAUAGCAGCAGUUAACAGCAUGUGUAUAGAUCAUGCAUCAGCCUUUGGAUA